UAAAUAGAGACACUUUUUAUUUAUUUAUUUUAUAUUUCACCUCGAUUGAAUAAAACUCAUAUCAUGUGUCUCAUUCUUCUCUGGUUUUAGGCAAAAUCGUUUGGAUUAUUCAUUUUCUCUGUGUAAAUACUUCAACUUUUCCAAUUCUCACCGUCGUCCGGUUAUUCGUAGUCAGAUUUUUUUCUUUUUCAAAGACGCACUAGUAGAAGAGGGAAGUACCGCAUUCCAUUUUCCUCUAAAGUUGAAGCAAAGAGUAGUCUGUCAUAAAAAGCGGCAACCUUUCCUUCAAUGGGUGCUCCUAAACAGAAAUGGACUGCAGAAGAAGAAGCUGCGUUGAAAGCUGGAGUAGUCAAACAUGGAGCAGGAAAAUGGCGCACCAUACUUACAGAUCCUGAAUUUAGUGCUAUUUUGCGCAUGCGUUCAAAUGUAGAUCUUAAGGAUAAAUGGAGGAAUAUAAAUGUCACAGCAAUAUGGGGAUCCCGGCAGAAGGCAAAACUUGCUCUCAAGAGGAGCCUACCUGCCCCCAAAAUUGACAAUAACCAUAUGGCUUUAAGUACUGUAGUUCAGCAUGAUGAAGUUCUUGAUACUAAGCCUUUAGCAGUUUCUGGUGGACCAUUGCAAUCUCCUAAUUUUAAAGAACAAAUAUCAAGGUUGGUGGAUAAUCAUAUAUUGGAGGCCAUUGUCAACAUGAAGGAGCAAAAGGGUUCUGACAAAGGUGCCAUUAUUUCUUACAUGGAGGAAAAGUAUCGGUGUCCACCAAAUAUCAGUAAACUACUGUCAACCAAACUGAAGCAUAUGGUAGCAAGUGGCAAAAUAAUCAAGGAGAAGCAUAGAUACAGGAUAGCAUCGAGUUCAGCUGUCUCUGAGAAAAGAAGGUCCUCGUCAUUGGAAGGAAGGUCCAAAGAUCAUUCAGAAGCAAAUAAGAAUGAUGAUGUCAACAUCCUUUCAAAAUCCCAAAUUGAUAAAGAGAUAUCAAAAGUGAAGGGCUUGACAGCUCAAGAGGCAGCAGCUGCAGCUGCAAAAGCCGUGGCAGAGGCAGAGGCUGCAAUUGCACAGGCUGAGGCAGCAGCUAGGGAGGCAGAGGCUGCAGAAGCUGAGGCUGAGGCUGCCCAAGUGUUUGCAAAAGCUGCAAUGAAGGCGCUAAAAUGCAAAAUGCUUCAUAUUUGAUGGUUUGGACACGUGAUCAAUUAUUAGCAGAGUUGACUUAAGAUUAUUGUUUCUCUGCUGCGCUUCCUCCCUGUUUUCCGUAACUGUACAUACUUUUCGGCUUGUAAAUCUUGAAUAGUGCAGGAUGAUUCAUGAAACAUUGUAAGGAGUCAAUAAUAGCCUUUUUUUUUUCCUUUCCUUUUUCUUAUUUUUAAAGGAAGACAAAGCAGCAACGGAAGAGUGGAGAUGACCAUGUUUUUCUGUAGUAGAAUGAUUGACAUCCACGUAGAGUAAAUGAAGAAAGUGUUUCAAAAGCGAUAUGGAUUGUCAUUUGUAGGCAGAUCAUAUAUUCAAUUCAAGGAUGCUUGUUUUAA